ACAAACUACACCGAAGGGGGGGAGGAGGAGGAGGAAACAAAAACAAACGGGAGGCCCUUCGGCUGCGGCGGCGACGAGAGCUCCGCGGCCGUUUCUGAGGGGCGGCCUCGCGACGGGCCUGCUCCCCGCUGGCCACCGGGAUGCUCCUCCGCCCCCCGGCCCAUCGCUGAGCCGCUGUCCCUUCUCCGCCUUCUCCCCCCCCCCCCCCCCCGCCUCCAGCCUCGUCCGCUCCCUCCCGGGUCCUGAGGCGGCGGCGGCAGCAGCAACUGCAGCGGCCUCGGCGGCGCCGCCGCCAUGUCGGGGGACGACGACGGCCCUGCCGGGGCUCAGUACGUGGCAGAGUUCGUGCCUCCGCCCGAGUGCCCCGUCUUCGAGCCCAGCUGGGAGGAAUUCAGCGACCCGCUCGGCUUCAUCGGCCGCAUCCGACCCUUGGCCGAGAAAACCGGCAUCUGCAAGAUCAGGCCGCCCAAGGACUGGCAGCCUCCUUUUGCAUGUGAUGUACAGAGUUUUCGUUUUACCCCACGUGUUCAGCGCCUGAAUGAAUUGGAGGCAAUGACUAGAGUGAAGCUGGACUUCUUAGAUCAAUUGGCAAAAUUCUGGGAACUUCAAGGAUCUACAUUAAAAAUCCCUGUGGUAGAGAGAAAAAUUUUGGAUCUCUAUUCGUUGAGCAAGAUUGUUGCUGGCAAAGGAGGCUUUGAGGUGGUCACUAAAGAUAAGAAAUGGUCCAAAGUAGCGAGUCGGCUGGGUUACUUACCUGGCAAGGCGACAGGAUCACUUCUGAAGUCGCACUAUGAACGUAUACUAUAUCCAUAUGAACUUUUUCAGUCUGGUGUCAGCCUUAUGGGCAUCCAAAAGCCAAACUUGGACCUUAAGGAAAAAGUGGAGGUUGAGGACCUCGGCAUUGAUGCCCAGUCUCUCCCAAAGCAGGGUACAAGAAUGAACGUUGUGCUGAAGAGAACCAGACGUGUCAAGUCCCAGGCAGAGGCAGGAGAGAUGAGUAGGAAUGCUGAACUAAAGAAGCUCCAGAUCUUUGGAGCAGGACCAAAGAUGAUGGGAUUGGCAUUGGGAGCAAAGGAAAAAGAAGAUGAAGUCCCCCGAAGACGCAAAGGUACCAGAUCUGAAGCAUUUGGCAUGCAGAUGAGACAGCGGAAAGGGGCACUUUCUGUCAACUUUGAAUGUAGCAAACCACGUGAGGCCUUUGGAUUUGAGCAGGCUGUUCGAGAGUAUACCCUCCAGAGCUUUGGUGAGAUGGCAGAUAAUUUCAAAUCUGAUUACUUCAACAUGCCAGUCCAUAUGGUUCCCACUGAGCUGGUGGAAAAGGAGUUCUGGCGACUUGUGAGCAGCAUCGAGGAGGAUGUAAUUGUGGAAUAUGGAGCGGACAUCUCAUCCAAGGACUUUGGAAGCGGCUUCCCUAUAAAGGAUGGCAGAAGAAAGCUAAUGCCAGAAGAGGAGGAGUAUGCCCUUUCUGGCUGGAACCUCAACAAUAUGCCCGUACUGGAGCAGUCUGUCCUUGCUCAUAUCAAUGCGGAUAUUUCUGGCAUGAAGGUGCCCUGGCUUUAUGUGGGGAUGUGCUUCUCAUCUUUCUGCUGGCACAUUGAAGAUCACUGGAGCUAUUCCAUCAACUACCUUCAUUGGGGAGAGCCUAAGACGUGGUACGGAGUACCUUCUCAAGCAGCAGAACAACUGGAGGAAGUGAUGAGAGAGUUGGCCCCUGAGCUGUUUGAGACUCAGCCUGAUCUUCUGCACCAGUUAGUCACCAUCAUGAACCCAAAUGUGCUUAUGGAGCAUGGUGUACCUGUAUAUCGGACCAAUCAGUGUGCUGGCGAGUUUGUUGUAACUUUUCCUCGUGCCUAUCACUCGGGAUUUAACCAAGGCUACAACUUUGCUGAGGCUGUGAACUUCUGCACUGCAGACUGGCUUCCCAUAGGGCGACAGUGUGUAAGCCAUUACCGCCGGCUGAGGCGCCACUGCGUCUUCUCUCAUGAGGAGCUCAUCUUCAAGAUGGCCGCCGACCCUGAGUGCUUGGAUGUGGGGCUUGCUGCCAUGGUCUGUAAAGAAAUGACGCUCAUGACUGAAGAAGAGGCACGCUUGAGGGAAUCUGUUAUACAGAUGGGGGUGCUGAUGUCUGAAGAGGAAGUGUUUGAGCUGGUUCCCGAUGACGAGCGCCAAUGUGCAGCCUGUCGGACCACGUGCUUCCUGUCUGCUCUUACCUGUUCUUGUAACCCUGAGCGGCUUGUCUGCUUGUACCAUCCGAAUGAUCUGUGUUCGUGUCCUAUGCAGAAGAAGUGUCUAAGAUACCGGUAUCCAUUAGAGGACUUCCCUUCCCUGCUGUAUGGAGUGAAAGUCAGAGCACAGUCCUAUGAUACUUGGGUCAGCAGGGUCACUGAGGCACUGGCUGCCAGCCUCAACCACAAGAAAGACGUGAUUGAGCUGAGAGUGAUGUUGGAGGAUGCUGAAGACAGGAAGUAUCCAGAGAACGAUCUCUUCCGUAAGCUAAGAGAUGCUGUGAAAGAGGCAGAGACUUGUGCUUCGGUGGCCCAGCUGCUCCUGAGCAAAAAACAAAAGCAUAGUAAGCUGAGCCCGGAUAGCGGGAGGACACGGACCAAACUGACUGUGGAGGAACUGAAAGCAUUUGUCCAACAGCUGUUUAGCCUUCCCUGUGUCAUCACUCAGGCUCGACAAGUAAAGAACUUGCUGGAUGAUGUUGAAGAGUUCCAUGAACGUGCUCAGGAGGCCAUGAUGGACGAGAUCCCGGACUCAUCGAAGCUGCAGAUGUUGAUUGACAUGGGCUCUGGCCUGUACGUGGAACUUCCUGAACUGCCUCGGCUCAAGCAAGAGCUGCAGCAGGCUCGUUGGCUGGAUGAAGUGCGGGUGACCCUUUCCGAUCCACAGAGAGUCACCUUAGAUGUGAUGAAGAAACUGAUUGACUCAGGGGUGGGGCUGGCACCACACCACGCCGUGGAGAAGGCCAUGGCUGAACUGCAGGAGCUGCUUACAGUUUCUGAGAGGUGGGAAGAGAAAGCCAAGGUCUGCCUACAGGCAAGGCCUCGACAAAGCAUAGCUGCUCUGGAGAACAUUGUGAAUGAGGCCAAGAACAUCCCAGCUUAUUUGCCCAAUGUGUUAGCAUUGAGAGAAGCGCUGCAGCGGGCUCGAGACUGGACGUCCAAGGUGGAAGCCAUUCAGAAUGGUAGCAACUAUGCAUAUCUGGAGCAGCUUGAGAACCUGUCUGCUAAAGGCCGCCUGAUACCUGUCCGCCUUGAUGCACUGCCGCAGGUUGAUUCGCAGGUAGCAGCAGCACGUGCCUGGAGGGAGCGCACAGGAAGAACAUUCCUUAAGAAGAACUCUAGCUAUACUCUCUUACAGGUUCUCAGCCCUAGAACUGAUAUUGGCGUUUAUGGGAGCAGUAAGAACAGGCGGAAAAGAGUGAAGGAGCUGCUGGAGAAGGAGAAAGAGAAGGAUCUUGACCUGGAGUCCUUAAGUGAGCUAGAAGAUGGGCUGGAAGAGACCAGAGACACUGCAACUGUGGUGGCUGUCUUCAAGGAUCGUGAGCAGAAAGAGAUUGAAGCCAUGCAUGCCCUCAGGGAAGCCAACCUGGCAAAGAUGACCAUGGUGGAUUGCAUUGAGGAAAUCAAGUUCUGCAUCUGCCGCAAAACAGCAAGCGGGUUCAUGCUCCAGUGCGAACUCUGCAAAGACUGGUUUCACAGCACCUGUGUGCCACUCCCCAAAACCAGCUCCCAAAAGAAGGGCUCCAGUUGGCCUGCCAAAGAAGUGAAGUUCCUGUGUCCGCUUUGCAUGCGUUCCCGAAGGCCCAGGCUGGAGACCAUCUUAUCUUUGCUGGUCUCCUUGCAAAAGCUGCCGGUUCGGCUGCCCGAGGGAGAGGCGUUGCAGUGCCUGACGGAAAGGGCUAUGAGUUGGCAGGACCGAGCGCGGCAAGCUUUGGCUACCGAUGAACUGUCCUCUGCGUUGGCCAAGCUUUCUGUGCUUAGCCAGCGCAUGGUGGAACAAGCAGCACGCGAGAAAACAGAGAAAAUAAUCAGUGCAGAGCUGCAGAAGGCUGCAGCCAAUCCUGACCUACAGGGUCACUUGACUAGUUUCCAGCAAUCUGGCUUUAAUCGGGCAAUGAGCAGCGUGUCGUCAUCUCCACGACAAACCAUGGACUACGAUGACGAGGAGACAGAUUCGGAUGAAGACAUCAGGGAAGCAUAUGGCUAUGACAUAAAGGACAAUGCCAGUGUAAAAUCCUCCAGCAGCUUGGAGCCCAACCUUUUUUGUGAUGAAGAAAUUCCCAUAAAAUCUGAAGAAGUUGUAACGCACAUGUGGACAGCCCCCUCCUUCUGUGCUGAGCAUGCAUAUUCAUCAGCAUCCAAAAGCUGCUCUCAAGGUUCCAGCACGCCGAGAAAGCAACCUCGUAAGAGCCCCCUAGUACCUCGCAGUUUAGAGCCCCCAGUGCUUGAACUGUCUCCUGGAGCCAAAUCACAACUAGAAGAUCUCAUGAUGAUAGGAGACCUCCUGGAGGUAUCGCUGGAUGAGACCCAGCACAUCUGGCGGAUCCUGCAGGCCACCCACCCACCCUCUGAGGACCGAUUUCUUCACAUCAUGGAGGACGACAGCAUGGACGAGAAGCCAUUAAAAAUGAGGGGGAAAGACUCUUCUGAGAGGAAGCGGAAGCGCAAGCUUGAGAAGGCGGAGCAGUUCUUUGGUGAAAUGAAGCAGAAGUCUAAAGAGCUGAAGAAGCUGGAGAAGCCCAAGAAGAAGAAACUAAAGCUGACUAUGGACAAGACGAAAGAGCUGAACAAACUGGCAAAGAAGCUGGCAAAAGAGGAGGAGCGGAAGAAGAAGCGGGAGAAGGCAGCUGCGGCCAAGGUGGAGCUGAUGAAAGAGUGCACGGAGAAGAAGAGGGAGAAGAAAGUCCUGGAUAUCCCUUCCAAGUAUGACUGGUCAGGAGCGGAAGAGUCCGAUGACGAGAACGCGGUGUGCGCUGCCCAGAACUGCCAGAGGCCCUGCAAGGACAAGGUAGACUGGGUGCAGUGUGAUGGUGGCUGUGAUGAGUGGUUUCAUCAAGUCUGUGUUGGUGUCUCACCAGAAAUGGCAGAGAGCGAAGAUUAUAUCUGUAUAAACUGUGCAAAGAAGCAGAUGCAGGGCCCGGGUAGUCCGACACACGCGCCGCCGCCUCACUUUCUGCUGAGCUACAAACGACCCCUGGAAGACCUCAAGGAGACAAGUUAGCAGCCACUCAGUCUCGCCGGGACUGGAGGGGAAAUGGAACACUGAGAAGGUGGUGUGAACGUAGGCACUCGGCGCACUCCACUUCCAUAGACGUUCGGCCGGAUGGUGGAGCUGGCCCCCCCGGCAGCUGGCUUCCUUUUGUACGAAGCGGGAUGUUACGGGCACAGGGGUACUGACCCAGCUAUGCAGAUACCACCCCGUUGGAAGUCCCAGCCAGUAUAUUUCUUUCCCCCGCCCGUGUUUUCCUAGAAGGCCGAGCGCAGGCCCUGCCUUCGGGCUGAGCAGACGCGAGGCACGUGGCUGAUGCUUUCCAUUCUCAGCACUUCAGUUCGAAAGGGGGGGGGCGCUGUUGAGAGCGUGGAACCCCACCACACCGCCCAAUGGAGGCACAGCGAUGGUGAUGAAGGCACUUUCCAAGCCUCUCGAUGAAAUAGAGGCAGCCGCGGCAAUGUUAUGUGGAUAAAGAACCUGCUUUUGGCACCAGGCAGGAGGGGUUGGGAUUGGGUGGAAAAUGAUAUUAGUUCCUGGGGGGUGUGGGGUUUGUUAGAAGGCAAAAGGAGCUUUAGGUCUUGGAAACAAGGAUUGGGGUUUUUUUGUGUUUACCCUAAUUCCAUUGGGGUAUCUUUCCUUUCUUGGGGAAAGCUCACACCUUAAGAUGUAGCUAAGGUCCAUCACCUUGGUAAAGCACUCCUUCCUGCACCGGUGGUCAUUUUCCUCUGUCUUAGGCAUUUACCCCCACCCCCUGUCACUAAAGCGCAUGAAGCGAGGUGCAGCCGGGGAAGCCUUGGGGGUCGUGAGCAAACGCGUCCAGUAGACUGGGGCGGAGUGCAGCCGCCCAGAUUCCUUGCAAUUCCACCCUGGCGUGUUCCCACGCAAGAACUCCAGCUCACCAGUAUUCCCCAGCAUCACCAGGCUGCGUAGCCUCCCAGUUCCAGUCAGCAGGCCACAGGUACAGUUUGCAAGCCCCGCUUCCUCGCCCUUUUAGGUAUCAGUGGAUGGAGGCCUGCAGUCGGCGACCGAUCCGGUUUGACCUCGCACCCCCUGGUUUUGCUGGGAGACAGGCAGCGUGUGUGGGGGGGUGCGUCCCGGGUGACAAUUGUUUUAGUAAACCCGUUUUUAAAAAAAGGACUGGUUUUUACUUUUUUCUAUGUCUCGGACUACUGACUUGUCUACAAAAAAAGAAAAAGAUUAUUUUUCUUUGGUUUUUAUACUUAACCACGGUUACCAGCAGCACAGAAAGAGAGAGAAAGAGAGAGGCUCACAAAACUAAAACCUGCCUUCAGGCUUGGGUUUUUUUUAAAAAACUUCAUUGCUUCCUUGUAGUACAAGGAAAUUUAGCAGUUACUCCCCACAUCCUUGCUCCACCUGCUGCCUGUGUUUUAAAUAGGUAAAAAAACCAUUUCAUGUGCUACCUUCAUGUCAGGGUUUGUUCUGUUAGCCGGGGUUCCUUGGUCCUCGCUGUCUCCAGUUUAUGCUGGCUUUUCUGUAAGUGAGUGGCUGAAACUGGCCAUUGUGGUGUCUUUCCCUGCUCUCCCCCCCAUUAUCUAUUGUGUUUUCAUAAUUCUACAGUUCUAGGAGUGUUGUAACUAUAGUGUCCAGUCUUAUUAGAUGCAGGGGUUGGGAUUUUCUAAAAGAUAAAAAAAUGUAGUGU